CUUACCGCAGCUAACUAGCUGGAAAAAGCUUUGCUCAGAUUUGGUGGCUUUCAAAUCUACGAUUCACACGCAACUUUGAAUCAAAGGGAAGAGACUUGCAGAUCGAGAUGAGGAAACUUGACGAAGAAGCAACGGCGAGUACCGCCGAUAUCCGUGCGGUGAUUCCGCCCCAGAAGACGCAGGACUCGGGUCUGAAUCUGCCCACCAUGUUGCUGGGAGCCCUUUGCGUCCUACUGGCUAUCAUCGCCAUCGUGCUGGCCGCCGUCAGCAUGAACCGACAGAACGUGUACAACAUCGGGGCGGCUCAGGGUACCUCGGGCGGCGGCAACGACGGACCGGCGGCCGGCAAGACCUGGCUGAUCAUGAUCGGGCACGACUACGGUGCACACGAGUACAUCGACGUGGAAGGAAACCUAGCGGGGUACCACCAUGACCUGAUCCGGGAGGUGUGCGCGGCGGCCGGACUGAACUGCCGCACGGUGUGGGACUCCUACCCGAACUGUUGGGACUCCCAGGCCGGCCAGCACGGCAAGGGAGGGCAGGGUCUGAUGAACGGGUGGUACGACGCCUGUACCGGCUGGUCCCGGACCCGUCUCCGGGACGGAACCUUCUCCUUCUCCAAGGCCUUCCUGCCGACUCACCCGCCGGCGUUCUACGUCAGAAGGGGGAACCCCGGAAACUUCAACGUGAACGACGUCUCUGGCAAGAAGAUUGUUUUCAUGGACGGCUGGGUGGACGACGAGAAGUGCCUGGCCAGGCAGUCGAGCAUCACGGGAUCGGUGCUACCGGCGGAUAAGAUCCUCCACGUGACCGAAACCGACGCAUUUCAGGAGAAAAUCAGCACCGGAGAGGUGGAUGCUGGGUGGGCAGCCGGCACGUUUAUUUCACAGGGAUACGUUGACGAGUCCGUCAUUCAAAUCUUGUCUCCCACCUCGCCGCAAACCUGCAUGCUGGACGGCUCUGCCAUGAUGACCCGGAAGGACAACAAUUUCACCGUGUACUGGAACCAGGGCUUCGACAAGCUGGUGGAGAGCGGCAGAUUCACCAGACUGUGCAGCGAGGCCUCCCAGCGCCACGGAAGGGUGGGCACAGUGUCAUGUCUGAACGUGUGACGUCGACGAACGACAGUUGCGAGAAAAGGAAAACACUGAGUCUUCCUAUUCUGCCUACAGGGGAAAGAUGCCUUAAGGUCAAAUUUGCACAUUAAGAAAGCCAGUACUUUUCAGCUUAAAGUUUUCUUCUUUAUUCAGAUUUUUCUUAGCUAAUGAAGCAAAGCGUGAACAAUGUAAAGUAGAAUAUUACAAAAUCAAGAAUUGCUGAAUUUACACUUUUCUGUACUUAAGAACAGUACAUUAUAAAGUGGUGAAAUCAAAUUGUCUUACAAGGGAAUAGAUUAAGAAAAACAUAUGCAUCGCUUUUCUAAGAAAUAUGUGAUCUAUUGAAAGUCUUCCUUAGAACUAGGCAAAUUGUUCACAGUAAGUCCUAGAAUUGUAAUAACUACUGUAUCUAAUUACAUAUUGCUGUCGACAUA